UUUAUGCAAGAUCAAAAUGAUUUGAAUGAAUUUAACAUACAACUAGAAGGGAUAUUGUGACAGGUUAGCUGUGCACAACAUUACAUUUUAAAAUGAAGGGCAGUAAAUUGUAUGUUGUACCCAAUUAUGAACCUAACCCCUGUCUCUCUAGGUUGGAAGCACAAACUACAAAAGCAAUAACAUACUUUAUUUAUUUAGCACCUCUAAAGUAUAAGUCUGCAGUUUAAUGCCAGAAAGACGGGUUGGUUAGCAACAUCCCUGAAGUCUUUGAGCGGUGAUGUCACAAUAGAGGCACUGGGGGAAGUGACUAUGGUGUGUGUGUGUGUGUGUGUGUAGGGGGCAAGGGGGACGCCGUGGCCCUUAAUAUAUUCAGAACUAUUGUGUGUAGUCAAUGCAGUGUGCUAAAAUGGGGCAAUUGUCAGGAGAAAAAGGAGAAAGAGGGGUAAAGGAGAAAGAAGACAAGAAGGGAAACACAUGCAAUAGAGAGGUCAUGAUAUACUGCCUAGUGGACUUUUAUCAUCAUUCUCAAUUCAGCAGGUUGCUAACAUGUUUCUCUCCGAGCCGGAGUGGCACCUCCAGAAAUAUUCACAACCACAUUAGCAUUAAGACGUGUUUUUCUGAAGACUGCACGAAAUGUGGUGAAGAGACGCGUCACAUAUAUCUGGCUGUGGGUUAAAACCACACCAGACGCUCACUGCUGAUUGGAGUUUGGACCUGUCAAAUAAAAAACACACGGUGAGAAACGCUACACUGAAACCAAGGAAAUAAUUUAAAGAGGUGUUUCGAUCGGUGUGUAAUGAUGUAUGAAGGUGUGAACAUCAGGGCAAAGACCCAACUGUGUGCAUUGGUCCUGCUCAUCUGCUUUGUGCCAAUCUGUCAAGCCUUCCUGCCAAACUUCUGGUCUCGUGUACUGACAAUGUCCUGGGACUCAUACACACAUCAGUACAUGACUGAGCAGGCUGUACUUAACAUCACUAUAGAAACCCUAAGCAAAAUAAUGGAAGAUGUGGAUAGUGAAGAGCUGUAUACUGGACUUGGUCGGGGAUUUUGGCAUGCUGUGGGUGACGUAGCAAGGACCAACGCAGACAUGGACUUCCUGAGCGCCACGCGGUCUGAUCCAAUCUAUCACUUUGACUCUGAGCGUGUUACAGGAGCCACAGAGAUGCUGCGGGAGUUCUGGAAGCAAACGGUGCUGCUAACCAAAUCAAAAGAGUACCAGGGUGCCAGACAAAGCCUGGGCCAGCUCUUCCACUCACUACAGGACUUCUACAGUCAUAGUAACUGGGUGGAGAUGGGUCAGAAGGCAAUAUAUCUUCACCUCCUACAUCCCGAAGAGCCUGCAGUACCUGUGGCCUCAGAGGACACUCCUACCUGUGCAGAGUGCUACAGAUAUAGCUGUUAUAACAAUUUUCUGGAGCAAAUGAUUCAGCAGACAAAGCCACUACUGACUACUGGCUACUUCAGCAGCUUCCCGGCUAAACCACCAGGCAAGUGUAGCCACGGUGGGAUUCUGGACAGCAGUCGUCACCAAGGAGCUGCAGGAGGAAUCAACAAAGACAGCACAUCUCCUCUUUUCUCCCCUCAUCACUACCUCCAUAAAGAGGCUGCUCAUCUGGCUACCACGGCAACCCUUAGAGUGCUCCAAGACCUCAGAGAGGAAGUUGGGCCCAAAAGCUUCCUCAGGCUCUUCAGUGUCCAGCAGCCUCCAGCUUUGGUAUUUGUCAUGGACACCACCGGCAGCAUGUUUGAAGAGAUCACAGCCGCCCGUCUCCGUGCGCUCUCCAUCAUACAGGCCCGCAAAAAGAGUCGCAGAAGCAGUCUGCCCGGCACCUUCAUUCUGGUACCCUUCCAUGACCCUGGUUUUGGUCCGGUAAGGGAAACUGAUGAUCCUCAUGAGUUUAUGCUAUACAUGGAGGAUCUGAUGGCUCUCGGUGGUGAAGAUGAACCAGAAAUGUGUCUCUCUGCCCUUCAGCUGGCUUUGACCCAUUGCCCUCCACUCUCAGAGAUUUUCGUAUUUACCGACGCCUCCCCUAAAGAUUCUCAUCUGCAUGGUGCAGUUCAGGCUCUCAUACUGGAGAAGCAAACAAAGGUGAAUUUUCUGCUCACUGAAGAUCCAAGUCUCACAGGAAGAGGAAGAUUGUUGAGAAAGAGGAAGAGGAGAGAAACUCUGUCUCCAGAUAGAUUCUCUCUGUAUUCUUCUCUUUCAUCCGUGUCUGGAGGAAUGACCAUCUUCACUACAAAAAAAGACAUUCACAAAGUGUCGGCCAUUGUAGAAGACACGACCACCUCCAGUAAGGUGACUCUGCUUCAUGUAGACAGUGGGUUAGAUUCAUCGAAAUCCUUUAGAGUGGACAAAGCUGUGAUGAAUGUGAAGCUGCACAUCACAGGCCAGAUCAUACACUGUCAGCUCAUCAGCCCAUCAGGUUCUAGUCAGUUGGUUCCUGGCUCUGAUGGCCCGCUGGCAGUGCUGGACUCAUCACAGGGUCUGUACAGAAUAAGCCUGUUGACUCCACUAGAAAUAGGUAUAUGGCAGGUUGUGACCAGAGCCAUUGGACCAGUUACUUUCAACGUCCUAGGUGACAGCAGCUUGGACUUUCUGUACUAUUUUGCAAAAGAGGCAAAUGAGACACAUCCAGGGUUAAGGAAAAUAGAAGGCAGUCCAAUAGCAGACACCCCAGUGUUUCUAGUGGUUGCUGUGAUAGGCCUCUCACCCAAUGGAGAUGCCUCAUUCAGUCACAUGACCCUAUUAGGACCCAAUGGGGAGAGCCUGCUGACUGUGUUGCUAAAUUCUUCAUCUUCUUCUUGGUCUGGAGAGGAGCUAGUGGGCUACAUAGACUCGGUACCCAGAAUGCAAUUCAGUUUGUGUCUCUCUGGAAAGGAUGGAAAGGGGAACCUCCUCGAAAGAGUUUCAACAGAGAUGAUUCAACCGACACACGUACAGAUGCAGGUCCUCUCUGCUCCACACCUUGUACCAGGUCACAGUUCUACUGUGCUGUUUGAGGUAUUUAACCAUGGCCCAAGCCGUCAGUUCAUUCUUUCAGCAGAAGAUGACUAUGGAUACCUCUCCCACAAUGAAAAACACAGAAAUCGGUUGUUUAUUGCUGAGAGGAGCUCUGUGAAGAGGGAGAUUGAACUGAGUACACCUCACAAAGCUCAGAUAGGAAAAUCCAUCACUUUGACCCUUACUGUCAAGGCAGAAGAUUCACAAGACUCAAACUAUGCUGUGGUGCAUCUGACCAUCAUACCUCAGGAACAAGACACAAGCCCUCCAGCAUGUUCUGCUCUGCGUGUGGAGUCUGCCUGUCCUUCACUGUGCUCUCAGGGCAGCUGGAAAGUCUCACUGGUAGCCAAAGACAGAGGUCAUUCUGGACUGGCAUAUGCACAGCUGGCACAAGGAGAAGGUCUCCUCACCCUGUCUCAUGUGACAACAGAGAAAAGCAGAAACCAUUUCACACAGCUUCAUGAGGAAAGCACAGGAGUCGCUCAUCUCCCUUUGUUACACCGUCAAAUAGACACCUCUGAAUCUGUGGAGUUUAACAACAGUCAGCCUUCAGGUACAGAAGAUGAAUCUCAAAGACAGAAGAACAUCCGGGUAAUGAGUAGAGAAGCACCUGUAAAUAUCAGUGAAUGGUCAAAGGGGAAGCCCAUAAUGAUGUUUUAUUCCUCAAGCUGCUGUGCUCCUCAAGCAGAGCUGGUGUUGUGGGACAGAGCAGGAAAUCUGAGACGAUGCCAUCUCAUAGCCAGUCAACAGAGGGCGCUAAGAGAAAACAGCGCACCAAGUGGGACAUCUCAGCCCCUGGUGGUUCUUAUGUUCUGGGUUCACUUGACAUUAUGUGUUUUUUAUGAGCUCAGCUGAUAUCCUUCAGUUGAUGUUCAUACAUAAGGGUGGAUACUUGGGGAACUAAAUCCAGGACAGUGAAUUUCAAGGGGGAAUGGAGUUCCAGUUCAGAAUGUAGAGGAUCUUUUUCCCACAUAUUAGCAUACAAAUGCUAUGCUAAUUUCAUGCAAAAAUAUUGUGGGAUUUUCUGCAUCUACCCAGUGAAUUACAUUUUUACCCAUGUUAUUACAACAUUGGUAACAAAAUAAAUCUCACUGCUUUUUAUUAUAUAGUAUAAGUCACUGUAAAACUAUUAAAAGUCAGAUCACUCAGGGUUGGUUCAUUCUGUGAAUUGCUAGAUCCUCAAAUGAUAUUUUGACUCAUAAUGACUCAUAUAAUAUUUUCAGGUUUUUACAUGGAUAACAUGCUUUUGGAAACUGACUGCACUGUUUUAACCAUUUGAAUGUAUGUUUUUUUUUCAUAUACAGUGGUGUGGAAAAGUGUUGGCCCCCUUCGUGAUUUUUUAUUUUUUGCAUUUUUGUCAUACUUUAAAGGAAAACACCACUGUUUUUCAAUAUUUUACUAUGUUCUUACCUCAGCUUAGAUGAAUUAAUACAUACAUAUCUUUUAUCAAUGCGUGCAAUUUUAAUCUUUGUACAGCACUUCUUGAAUGUGUUAGCAUUUAGCCUAACGCUCCAAUCUAAAGUUUUAUUUUAUGCCACCAUACUUACUCGUUUAACUACUCAUGUAACAAUCUUUAAAUAGGGAAAACAUGGAAGUGUUUGGUGGCUUCUAAAUUCAUCCCUGUUUGGAGACAUAGGAAUGAAUGAAUAGGCAAUAGGGAGGAGGCCAAUGUGCAGGAAUUGAGUUUUUGACACAGCCCGAGCAGUUUUUUACAAGUAGCCUACUCGCGGAUGUGCGAGCAUCUGUGACAAAAAUAUGGAAUGCACAAUCAGGUUUUUACUGCUCAUUUGCAUGACACGUCAACCAUUUUAUGUCACCAUGCUCUCAGUUAAUGAAAGAGCAGGAGAACUUCUAGCCUACAUUAACAACAAAACAUUAUAGAUGAGAAUAAAGGUCUACAUCAGUGCCCAAUUAAGGAAAACUGGAUAGAAGAAACAUGUAAAGGAUACUAGUAUGUAUAUUGACAUGCCACUCAUAUUACAAUAUGCUAUCUGGAUAUAAUUUAUUGGAUAUGUAUGUAGGCUAUCUUAUGCCUAGAAUUUCCUGCUAAAAAACAGAAUUGCUGGUCACCAGCAUAAGGUAUGUUUUGCAUGCAGGGACCAG